AGUUUUGAAAAAUAGAGCUCACAAAAAUUCAAGUUUUGUCAAAAGUCUAAAAAAAAUUUAUAAAAAUUCGAAAACAAUAAAAACAAACAAUUCGUGUUUCUAAAACGACCGAUUGGAACCAUCUUAAAAAAAGUAUUGUGAUAUUUCGAAGUUCCUUUAAGUUAUAGGACCGUGGUUGUCGCAAUACUGUUUCAACAGUGAUUCAAAAAUACAAUAAACAAUUAGCGUUUCUAAAACAACCAAUAGGAACCCUCUUAAAACUCAGAAUUUAAAUCCCGCUUUAAGUUACAGGACCGUGGUUUUCUCAGUAAUUCAAAAACAUAAUAAACAAUUGGUGUUUCUAAAACGACCAGUACGGACCAUCUGAAAAAUUAAGCCAAGUAUUGUGAUAUUUCGAUUUGGCUUCAAGAACCGUUGUUAUCACAAUACAGUUGCGGCAGUAUUUCGAAAAUAUAAUAAACAACUGGUGUUUUUAUAACGACCAAUCGGAACCGUCUUAAACGUUAAGCCAAAUAUUGUGAUAUUUUGAUGUCACUUAAGUUAUAGGACAGUUGUUGUCACAUUACAGUUGCUCAAGAACAAAUACAUAUAUUGGAGAGUUUUUUGGAGGUCAUCAUAGUGGAUUUAUUAGAAAUUACGAUUUGGAUCAGUAUAUACCUAUAAUAUAGGCAAUUAUAUUGGACUCAUUUGAGAUAAAGUUUUGUAUCAGUACAUAUCCCAACUGUUUUAGUUAAACUGAGAAAAUUGCAACUCGUGCGAGAAUGACCACCUUAUUGACGACCAGCACUGCAAUAAAAAAGAUCGAUAAAAUAAUAGCUGAUAGACCACAAGCUCAAGGUAUAAAGCCAAUAAAAGUAGCCAAAUUAAGCAAAUCUUGCACUGUUACUCAGACCAGAGCAUCAAAAACUUCGAAAACUUCAAGAACCUCACGUAAUUCUUCAUACGACGAAGUUGGUACAUCUCAAAGGGCUAAUCAAAAAAGCUCCUCAGGAAGAAGUUUUCAACGCAUUAAUUACAUACAAAGAAAUAUUGAUGCAAUCAAAGAGAGAAAAUCCAGUAAAAGUACUGAUGGAGCUAGAAGAAGUUUAGGUGGAAGUGAUUUGAAGCAAAAAAGGAUUAGCGCUUCAUCUUUGAAAACCAAAAAAAAACCAAUUAAAGAAUUUCCACGCAGGCCGAUAUAUAAGCGCAAUAUGUUUGGUAAGAGAAUAGAUCGUGAUGAAGAAAAUAGUUAUCCGGAAGAGUAUUACAGUAAAGACGUUGAAAUCAUUUAUACCAAUCUGCGUUUUCAGCCCAAUGUACCCCAAAGUCUUUGCAGUGCCGGAACUAUUAUCAAGCACAGAGAUAAUUCUGAUCCUUGCUUAGUGUAUUCACGUCAAAAAUUGAAAUUAAAUCCAACACUGACACCACAUAAAAGCAUGAUGAAUUUUGUAAACAGCACUCAGCAGGAGAAGAAUACUAAAGUUUCAAAUGGUGUUACGGAAAAUAACGAUAGUGCUUUGAGUGGUAUUGAUCUAUGUUCUAAGUCCCUACAUAGUAUAUUUCAUUACAGUAGGAGUGGGAAACAAAUAGAAAAUACCUCAAGCUGUGAAAAGUUCGAUAGGUCGAAAGUAACUCCAAAGACCAUUGAUAACAAGGGAUAUGUGACAGGCACUCAUUUUACUAAACUCACCACAACAUGUACUGCACGCACUACGCAAAGCAAUCCAUUUAUUGCUUUGGUUGAACCUGUGCUUCCUUCUAAAAUCUCCAAUAUAGCCCAAACACAAGGUCUAUUAGAGAAGCAGAUAAAAACUACUGAGAAAAAGAAGGUGGAAAAAUUGCAAUGUCAACUCUGCAGAAAAUCAAUGAAAGUGAAAAGUUUAGAAGAAGUUCGAAACUUAUGCAAUAAGUGCAUUCACAAGAUCAGAUCAGGCAAAAAUGUUGGUUAGUCCGUUAUACCAUAUAAUAUUAAAAUCAUGGAUGUGCACUAUAUUGUUUAUGACUGCAUUCUUAUUUUAGUCAUGUUGAAAAAUUUAAUAUUUAUUUCCUAUAAUUUGAAGCAAAAUUUAAAAUUCUCAGAAUAAUUGUUAGAGCAUCGCAAUUGACACUUGGUCCACUUCUUAUAUAGUUUAAAAUUUACGCGAACGUAUAGAAAAGCAAAAGAACCACUACAAUUUUAU